CCCAUCCUUCUCUGCAAGAGAGGUUCUAUGUGAUGGACACAGGUGUAGUUCCAUUGAUUUCCCAGUAUCUCGGCAAGAAUAUCCAGUCUCGCCUCCUUCAGUGGCUGCAACACGUAGUGGAUUACCAGAACGCUUUCCACUAUAUGGAGGGCCUCGGUUUCUCGGCCAGCGACUGCCAUAGCCACGACCGCUGUUUGCCAUCCGCAAUGCUCAACGAGGAGGGAAGACUUAUCGUGGAUGCCGCCGACUUCCAUGAUUCCAAUCUGGGCUGCUUUCAGUCGUGUUUACGAACAUUGUACGACGAGGAACGUGGUGCCUUGUCUCUCGGGAGGGACUAUGCGAAUGACGAUGACGUAGUGCCAUAUGCGUCGGCCUUACUCAACCAGCUCAGGUCGCACAUCGGGGUCGACUCGGCAGUGCAGACCUUUUUGCAGUCUAACCUAGCCAAAAUAUGGGCCUCUCAUCAAUUCCAAGACCACGGAAAUGCGCAAUGGGGUGACUACGGUUACCUGAGACGUGAAGGCGCACGGGAGGUCUUUGUCCGGCUUGGUAACAUAUACGACCUAGUCACGCCCACCGGAAAGCUGUCAACAUUCCUUCUUACGCGCUUGGAAGGGGGCGAUUGGCGGCCUGCUACAGAUUACCCUUGGCCGGAGAAAACUGCGGUUCACGAGUUCGAGCUCUCUCGCGGCAGUGAAGAAAGAAUUGAAGAUAUUGCUGUCGUGAGGACUCUGCCCGAUGAUUGCGAGUACCAUGACUUUUUCUGGAACCACGCCGAGCGGGUCGCCAGCGAGAAUGGACUGCAAGUCCACGAUGUCGUGCUAUUCGAGGAGAUAUUCCACUACGCAGGCGCAGAGGUUGAUUGUGACGAAGACGAUGCCACAGCAACUUUUUCUGCGACAUCGUACAUGUCAGGGCGCACCUUAGUGAACUCGGACUCGGAGGUCCAAUCGGACCGCGUCUUCUUCCAUCAAAGGCCCCUGCUAGCGUCUGGAGCGGCCCCUAGUCCUUGGGGUUACUGGUCUCUUGACCCAGACCCAGAGCCGAUACCGGGGCCUUGGCCUGUCCUCGAGUUACCGGGCAUCGAGCUCACAUGCAGGGUUCAGUCCAACUACGCUCGCGUCUCGACUUUCGAGUCAGAGAUUCUGGUGUACCUCAACCAGCUUAGACGGGGUCGAAACCACAUUUCGGACAAGUGUCCUUGAAAGCAAGAGUCGAGACCAGCUUGUGCACCUUCGAUUAAAUAUAUUGCUAGCCUUGGCGUGUCAGACUGUACCAGUUCCUGUCAAGAAUAGCACUAC